AGGAAGAACAUGACAUUUGUGUUUACGGAUGCAAUUGGCUGAACUGUUUGGUAAAAACUUCACUAGACAUUCGAGUCAAACCGCUGGAUUUCUUCAUGGACUUCACAAUACACACAUUUGCCAAUCCGCUAUCAUUUUGGUAGCACUGAAAAAAUAAAAUUGGACCAGGCAACGGUUGGUGACUAUGAGCGAAUCGGACAGCAGUCAGCACUUGAACCUGCAGUCGAGCUGCUCCGAUGCCAGUCGCGGCUUUUGUGUUGAGGAUGGUGCGGUUAACGAGUCCAGAGCGAGCGUAACCGACACAUCGGAGCCCAUCGUCUUAUACGAUGACACGGGGGAAGAGAGCGACGUGCUGGACGCCUCCGACCCCCGAGACAGCACGGCCAGCCCGGAGGAUCUGAUCGACGACGAGGCAUACGGGGAGAGCGAGAGCGAAACCAAGACGUGCACGUACGAGGGUUGUACCGAGACCACCACGCAAGUGGCCAAGCAGAGAAAGCCCUGGAUGUGCAAGAAGCACCGCAACAAGAUGUACAAGGACAAGUACAAGAAGAAGAAGAGCGACCAGGCCAUGACCAGCUCUGCCAAGCUAGACGAAAGUACUGAAGAGCGUCCUGUCUCAGUGAAUAAGCAGCGUCUCGGAACCAUUGCAGAGCGCCCAAAUAGGCCUUCACUCCUGGAACAAGUUUUAAACCAAAAGAGACUGUCUCUGCUCAGAAGCCCAGAAGUUAUCAGCUUCUUGCAGCAACAGCAGCAGUUGUUAAGCAUUCAGAAUCGAGCCCAGCGAGCACAGGACUUCUAAGAGGACUUCUGAAAGUUGGAAUGCUUUUUUAUGUUUCUCAUUAAUGUUCUGCGAGUAACCUCAAUUUUAUGGUGAUUUAUGUACUUUGUAUCUGUGUUGAGUUUCAGAUUUCAAUUCAGACUUCAUUUGCUUUUUACCUUCUCACAUGAUAUCCCAUUUCUGUCCCCAUUUUCUACCAUCAGGCCCUACCUACCUGGAUUGCUUUGCUCAGACACGAGCACCAAUGUGAACACUGUGGCUUCUGGGUGCUUUUGAUCGCAGUAAACGAUGAGGCAGCACAAAAUGGGACUUCCCAACCAUGAUUUACUUCUGCAGUACAACAGUUGGUAUUAUGUUUAAAAUUGUGUGCAGAAGUACAGGGAAAAAAAUCACAAUAUUCAAGAACGUCUUGUAGGCCUUUUUGUUUUGUGAUUUAGGACUGAAUGUAGGGGAGACGAGGGCUGCCAGUUUAGUUAAGGUGGUCGGGAUAUGCAGUGAGGAUACUUAGGGCAUCGCCGACAUGGCUGUCUUGUGCACAACCCUUUAAGGUUAAGACUGAAGACAUGCCAGAGGAAUUAUCCUCCAUAAGGAGGUGCUGCUGAAGAUGGAGUGGGCUCGGCACCUCAGCAUGUUGCCACUACAUUCUUCACUAGGACCAAUGGAUGUGUAGGAAAGGAGAAAGAAUACAAAAGAAGUUUCUGUUGAGAACACUGACUAUAAAAUUCUCCAUUUCAGACCAUUUCUGAUUUAGGAGACUGAUCUUUUUUUUAAUAAAACUUGUAAUUUACUAGAUUUCCAUCUUAGCGCUCAGUCAGCAUUGCCAUAUCACUCACAGUUCGAAGUUGUCAGCUUCUAAUGCCACACAGCAGUAGAGUCUUGGGUUCAAAAGCCAGUCUAGGCCUCAUCAGUGUACAGUCUGCACAUUCCCCCAGUUUACUUAUGUCCAUCUAUCUAUCCAUUUUUCUAACCCGCUUCUCCAGGAGAGGAUCACAUGGGAGCUGGUGCCAGUCCUAGCAAAAAUACGGUGCAAGGCAGGAACAAUCCCCAGACUGGUUGCCAGUCCAUCAUACAAUGAACACAAAGACACCCAUUUAGCAAUGCUAGUUCACCUCACUUUUAUGUCUUUGGACAUACGGAGAACGUGAAAAUUCCACACGGGGAGAACCAGGAAUGUGAAUGGUGGUCUGUUUAUUGUAAGGCAGCAGCGCUACCACUGCGCCACCAUGCUGCCAGGUGUAAUUAUGUGUUUUCUUUAACUUCUGCAGUUUAUGCCACAUGCCAAAACCAUGUAGAAUAACUCUUGUUAGUCAUCCAUUGUGAGUGAGCGUGCACUGCGACAGACUGGCACAACAUUUACGGUUUCUCCAUACUUACACCUGGCGCUAUCUGUGUAGACCCUGUGUUGGAGUAAGCCGGCUUAGUCAAUGAUUAAAAGACAUUCAGAAGAAGGUGCUAAUGAUGGUCUCGGGAGUCUUCACCCUGGGGCCACAGCGGCCAGCCUUCUUGUAAAUCAGAAGUCAGAGUCCCGUCUCUUUCACAGCCUUCCGUCAGUGAAGCUUAGCCCCAGCUGCCCCCCCACAACCCCCCCGAACUCAGGAGGUAAUCUACUUUGUGAUUUGUGGCAGUUUUUAAAUCUCACUUUUUGAUCUCGAUGUGCAUCCAUGGGUUAGGGCAUGGAGAGCCGCAAUGGCUUCAGGUUUUUGUUCUGACCUGGUUGCUUAAUUAGAAAGCAAUUCUUGCCAAUAAAGCACUAACAAGC